GAUGCCGCUGGCGCAGCUGGCGGACCCGUGGCAGAAGAUGGCUGUGGAGAGCCCUUCCGACAGCGCUGAGGAUUAUAUCUUUAUCCUUGAAAUUUAAAAACAUUUACCAGGACAUGUCUUGGUGUUGAUGAUCUCUGUUGAACCUUCUCAGUCUGCAGUCUCAGGAUAAAUGAGGAGCUGAUUCUUAAUCCUGUCACAUUGAAUGGACAGCAAAUUAUGGAUGAACCUAUGGGAGAGGAGGAGAUUAAUCCACAAACUGAAGAAGGCAGUAUCAAAGAAAUUGCAAUCACACAUCAUGUGAAGGAAGGACAUGAAAAGGCAGAUCCUUCCCAGUUUGAGCUUUUGAAAGUAUUAGGGCAGGGAUCAUUUGGAAAGGUUUUCUUAGUUAAAAAAAUCUCAGGCUCUGAUGCUAGACAGCUUUAUGCCAUGAAGGUAUUAAAGAAGGCCACACUGAAAGUUCGAGAUCGUGUUCGGACAAAAAUGGAGCGUGAUAUCUUGGUAGAAGUCAAUCAUCCUUUCAUUGUCAAAUUGCAUUAUGCUUUUCAAACUGAAGGGAAGUUGUAUCUUAUUUUGGAUUUUCUCAGGGGAGGAGAUUUGUUUACACGCUUAUCCAAAGAGGUGAUGUUCACAGAAGAGGAUGUCAAAUUCUACUUGGCUGAACUUGCACUUGCUUUAGACCAUCUGCAUAGCCUGGGAAUAAUCUAUAGAGACUUAAAACCAGAAAACAUACUUCUUGAUGAAGAAGGUCACAUCAAGUUAACUGAUUUUGGCCUAAGUAAGGAGUCUAUUGACCAUGAGAAGAAGGCUUAUUCUUUUUGUGGAACUGUGGAAUAUAUGGCUCCAGAAGUAGUCAAUCGUAGAGGUCAUACUCAGAGUGCUGACUGGUGGUCUUUCGGUGUGUUGAUGUUUGAAAUGCUCACUGGUACACUACCUUUCCAAGGAAAAGAUCGUAAAGAAACAAUGACUAUGAUUCUUAAAGCCAAGCUUGGGAUGCCACAGUUUCUGAGUCCUGAAGCCCAGAGUCUUUUACGAAUGCUUUUCAAACGGAAUCCUGCAAACAGAUUAGGUGCUGGACCAGAUGGAGUUGAAGAAAUUAAAAGACAUUCAUUUUUCUCAACAAUAGACUGGAAUAAACUUUAUAGAAGAGAAAUUCACCCACCUUUUAAGCCUGCAACUGGCAGGCCUGAAGAUACAUUUUAUUUUGAUCCUGAGUUUACGGCAAAAACUCCCAAAGAUUCACCUGGCAUUCCACCUAGUGCUAAUGCACAUCAGCUUUUUCGGGGGUUUAGUUUUGUUGCUAUUACCUCAGAUGAUGAAAGCCAAGCUAUGCAGACAGUUGGUGUGCAUUCAAUUGUUCAGCAAUUACACAGGAACAGUAUUCAAUUUACUGAUGGAUAUGAAGUAAAAGAGGAUAUUGGUGUUGGCUCAUACUCCGUUUGUAAGAGAUGUAUACAUAAAGCCACAAACAUGGAGUUUGCGGUGAAGAUUAUUGAUAAAAGCAAGAGAGAUCCAACAGAAGAGAUUGAAAUUCUUCUUCGUUAUGGACAGCAUCCAAACAUCAUUACUCUAAAGGAUGUAUAUGAUGAUGGAAAAUAUGUGUAUGUAGUAACAGAACUUAUGAAAGGAGGUGAAUUGCUGGAUAAAAUUCUUAGACAGAAGUUUUUCUCAGAGCGAGAGGCCAGUGCUGUCCUGUUUACUAUAACCAAAACUGUUGAGUAUCUUCAUGCACAAGGGGUGGUUCACAGAGACUUGAAGCCUAGCAACAUUCUUUAUGUGGAUGAAUCUGGUAAUCCAGAAUCUAUUCGAAUUUGUGAUUUUGGCUUUGCAAAACAGCUGAGAGCGGAAAAUGGUCUUCUCAUGACUCCUUGUUAUACUGCAAAUUUUGUUGCACCAGAGGUUUUGAAACGACAAGGUUAUGAUGCUGCCUGUGAUAUAUGGAGUCUUGGUGUCCUCCUUUAUACAAUGCUUACUGGUUACACUCCAUUUGCAAAUGGUCCUGAUGAUACUCCAGAGGAAAUAUUGGCACGGAUAGGUAGCGGAAAAUUCUCACUCAGUGGUGGUUACUGGAAUUCCGUUUCAGAUACAGCAAAGGACCUGGUAUCAAAGAUGCUUCAUGUAGAUCCUCAUCAGAGACUGACUGCUGCUCUUGUGCUCAGACAUCCUUGGAUUGUCCAUUGGGACCAAUUGCCACAAUACCAACUAAACAGACAGGAUGCACCACAUCUCGUAAAGGGUGCCAUGGCAGCUACAUACUCUGCUUUAAAUCGCAAUCAGUCACCAGUUUUGGAACCAGUAGGCCGCUCUACUCUUGCUCAGCGGAGGGGUAUUAAAAAAAUCACCUCAACAGCCCUGUGAAGUGACCUCAGUGAGAUAUUUGGUACCAUGAUGUAAGCUGAUAGCACAAGUUCUGGCGACAGGUAGCACAUACCUGAGAGACACCUGCAAGCACACACUGUCCCAGCUGGUACCCAUAAUGCUGCUGCUCCUGCUGUUCCUGCUUUCAUCUCUUCUCGCUUUAAUUGAUUCUUAGCAAGUUAGAUUUUCCUGGAGCUUCAAAAUGAAAAUGGAAACAUGAUGAAGAUAUAAUCACUGAAUCAACACGAAAAAUAAUGAACACAUGAAUACCACCUAAAAUACACUGAAUAAAAGUACUCUACACCAUAUAGCAUUAUUUUUAUAGGAAAUAUUUCGUGUCCCCUAAAUAUUCUUUUGUUAGUUAUAGGGAUGGACAGUUUAUGUUAAGCACUUAGCUUAAACAAUCCGUUUAUAUUAGCACUGUAUCCCUUGUGCCAUCCAACAUUUUGUAUGUUUUUGUAAACAGUUCAUAUACAGUACAUUUCUGUACUGAUUUCUUUAAUGUAUACAUGCCUUGUUUAACUUGGAGUCUAUUAAUCAAUUGACUAUUAAAUCUGGAUAAAUAGUUCACCUGGAUUAACAGUAUUGUUGGGAAACCUUAAAGAUGGCCAGACUGAUUGAACAGCUGUUGAAUGUAAUUCUCUCAAAUUGUACAUAUCCUCCUCCAUCUGUUUCACUGGUUUGUUCAUUUGUUUCUUCAAGUCAGGUGCUCUGUCAGACUAACCUAAAGAGCUGUUAAUGGUAGAGAAAGUUGUUGUGUGUGUGGCAUGAAAUCAAGAAUACAUCUAUGAAGUUAAUCCAUAUACUUUGUGAUUUCUUAGGGUUUUCUUUCCUUAAUUAAGGAAGUAAUCCUUGAACUUUUAACCUUACAUAGUGCUCAUACUUAGUAUUUGGCAUAUCAUUUGAAAUCUUGCCAACAUACAUCAAGGCCUUUAAAAAAUCAUAUUAAAGAAAUUGGAAAAAGAAAAUUUAGCAAUUGAUAAUUAAAGCCUUACUGGAUAUUUCAUGUUUAAAUAGGUAUUCUAUAUUAAACACUAAUUUGAAUGUAAUAAAGGCCACAGGCCUCCAUAUGAAAUUGGAUUUAAACUUUAUUAUUCUAGAGAAUAAAAUAUUCUUGGCCAAACAGUAUCUGUUCUAACCUGAAGUCAUAGCUGAGGCAGGCUCAAUGACUGAUCAGCACUGACUGUUUUCUGAAUCCCUGCUGAUGGUUUCUAGCCAUAUGAUGUUUCCUUUGACUUCAGUAGUGACCAGUUUUCAUAGUGGCCCCUGGCUCUGCUUCACGU